AUGCUUGCUGUUCACCCUUCACAGCUCCGCCACUCGGCUGCCGGCGCAUCGUCCUGGCAGCCAUCCGCCGUCCAUGGCGCCGACUCUGUUCGCGUGAAAGAUGAUACCCUCGCAAGGAUCACGAAUGCCGCGAACGAUGUGGAAAUGCUGGAACCUGUGGAUGCAGGCCCGACAUUGUACCUCGUGCUCGACACGAACGUUCUGAUUGACAAUCUGAAUGUUAUUCGCUCCUUCAGUGAAGACCUGGACCACAUCGCGCUGCCGUGGUCCAUGAAGAUCAUUGUACCCUAUGUUGUUCUCUCGGAGUUGGACGGACUCAAGAAGCGCGAGGGGCUUUCUUGGUUCGCUCGAACAGCGUCAACCUUUCUGUUGCAGAAGGUGAAGGAAAAGAAAUCUUUGAAGGUGCAAGCGCGCUCCGAGACAGUGAACACACAACUACAUGAACACGAACAAGCUCGUUCGGCCGACAUUACCAUAUGGGAUUGCUGUCAAUACUAUAAGACGAAGGGCGAGGUCGUACUCCUGUCCAACGACAUCAACCUUCAGACCCUUUGUGAGAAUGAAGAACCACCACCGGGCAGACGGCUGCUGUCCAGCCGCGAGCUCGCCGCGAAACUGUUUGGGGAGCAUCUGGAUGUAAGCCCCUUCCGCGUCCACGAGAACGCCCCGCGGUACCGCCCCACGCGCUUGAGCCAGACGCAUCACCUCGCGCAGACAGAGGGGCCCAAGGCGGACGAACCCGACGGCAUGGACGUCGACGACGACGGCGCUGCUGCGGGGACGGAGAGCUGGGUGCCCAGCCACGCACUGGACGCGCUCCACAUUCAGAUCAUUGACCAUUUCACCGUCGUGCUCGCCGAGCUGGCACAGCGGGUGCGCCACGAAGCCGGAGACGAUGGGCCACCGGCUCGGUCUCCACACGCCCCUGAGCAUCGGCGGAAGGGUUUCCGAUCGUGGAACGUGCGUGACUGCGUGGAGUACCUGGAGUCGAAGAAGGCUGUCGAAAAAUCGCAGCCGCCGCUGCAGAUGUUCCUGCUCCGGAGGAGCGAGGACCGUGGAUGGCGCAGGGGACAGGAUUGGCCUCGCCAGGCCUGGGAGAACUGUUUGGACGCGCUCGAGGACAUCGGAAGGCAGUUUGAGGACGGACUGGUGCUGCUAUCUCUGACAGAGUUGCGACCACAUGUGACAGAUGUGUUUAACACACGGCUACGCCCGACAGGGAUCUAA